CGACUGCAUAAUCGCUGGUAUUUGAUCCAACCCAAGCCCGACAAGAUGGCGAUCAAGCACAACCAGCAGAUCCAGUACAACCACUUCCGCAAGGACUGGCAACGCCGUGUCCGCGUGCACUUUGACCAGCCUGGCCGCAAGCAGCGCAGACGCAAUGCACGUCAAGCCAAGGCCGCAAAGGUCGCGCCACGUCCAGUCGACAAGCUGAGACCCGUCGUCCGCUGCCCGACUGUCAAGUACAACCGCCGUGUCCGCGCCGGUCGUGGUUUCUCCCUCGCUGAGUUGAAGGAGGCUGGCAUCGCCCGCAAGCUCGCCCCAACCAUCGGUAUCAGCGUCGACCCACGCCGCCAGAACCUCUCCGAGGAGUCUCUCAAGGCCAACGUCGAGCGCCUGAAGGCCUACAAGCAGCGUCUCGUCCUCUUCCCGCGCAAGACCAAGUCUCCAAAGGCUGGCGACGCCGAGAAGAAGGAGGUCGAGGCUGCCCGCCAGAUCGGCGAGUCUGGAAAUUCCUACGACGGCAAGGUCAAGAUCUCCAACCAGGCAUUCCCAAUCUCCAACAAGGUCGCCAUCAAGGAGGGCAAGCUUUCCGACUACCCAGCCACCGAGAACGCAUACCGCCAGCUCCGUGUCGCUCGCUCCGAUGCUCGUCUUAUUGGCAAGCGCGAGAAGCGUCAAAAGGCCAAGGAGGAGGAAGAGGCCAGCAAGAAGAAAUAAGCGGAUCGUCCAUACAGUGGUCCGGAUUUGAUGUGAUGGAAGCGAUUCAUUAUGACAAGUAUGGCGUUGGGAGGAUUGAUGGCAAGUACGAUGUUACGGAAAGCCUGGCGCAUGAAAAAUGGGCUCGAUCAUGGUUAUGGAAUGAUAGCAUAGCCAGUUGCAUGCAAACCACGUCUUCAAUCGCUUCCAUUCAGCAUAUCCCUUCCUCUUCCAUUGCCACGCUUCAGCCUCACGGUGCAGGUCAAUAUCUACCACCCUGGACCUUCACUCCCAGAUCGUAUCUACUGAUGCCGCGAUUCCACCCCAAGGCAUGCCCGUCGCCCUGAAAUCCGGCUCCCAUUGACAUCUCAUAUCCUCCUCCCUACCACUCCCAGCAAACAACACCCAAAUCGCCCUCGCGCUGUCUCCACACCAACCUCAGCUUUCCUCCCAGGCAUACUCGCCGACCUCAGAACCUGCCUCAAAUGCUCCAAAUUCAAGUCCCGAUACUGACAAUACAAGCCAAGAGCACUCUUUCUCCCUUAACCAACUGCCCUUCCCUGACUUCAAAAGCCCUGAAGUCAAUGCAAAGAGGAGUAAAGCCAGGUGCACACGUGUUGUUCUCACUCACAUUUCUAGGCUAUGGCUAGAGAGGGGAGGAAGGAACUGAAGUUUUCUUUCAUUGAGUUGUGGGGCUGAUUUGGUGGCGACGAGUUUCCAUGUUGACCAGUGUGAAAGUAUACACAUUUCGUGGCUGAGACGAGAAUUGGAAGGACUUUGGAUCUGAG